GAAAUGUUACUUACUCCCUUAUCAACUUUUCAAGAUGUGGACGGCGAAAUCGAGAACAUCCGCUUACUUAGACAAGCACCUAUUUAGUGGUUGCGCAGUGGUGGAGUGUCGCUACUCUGAGGUCUGAGGUUGUGUCGCGUGGAACUGAUGUAGGGAAGUGCAACGUUUAGCGUUGCAGAAGAGGACAAGAACUUGCUAGGAGAAGAAAGCAAUCUUCUCGACUGAUUGUCCAUUUGCGAAAAGUAAAAUUCAUGAUCAUAAGUGACACAAUGGAUCACUUCCUGGGUGUCAUUUUGGUCUUGCUGUGUUUUUCUAAGAAUGCGCAGUCACACAGCUUACAAGGGCAUGAAUCACGCGCGCCGGUAGCUAAGAAUUUCUCUGGCUUGUAUAUCCCUUCUUGCUGGGCAUCCACACGUGAUUCCCUCCCCCAGGGCUUGCUCCCCGUCAGCGCCCAAGCUCCAGUACCGAAUGUGCAGUAUUCACAUACAUCUGCCACUGACGUACUAUGGGGACCUGAAGUGAAUGUUACAUGCACAACCGGUGAAAAGAAAAGUGUUUUUCUAAACUCGUCACACUUGUAUGUUGAUGAUGGUAAAGUUAUGCUUGGCUGGAAGAUUGGUAGAAAUUCAGGGAAUACAUAUACAUACUGUGUAAACUCCCUGGCUUCUGCAGGAAGAAGCGAAAAUAGCUCAACUUCCACCGCCCUCUUUUGCUACUCAGACCCGUGCAAGAGCAAAAUCUGUGUGGACAAAUGCUGCCCUCGAGGAAAAUUACUUGGAACGCUCGAUUGCAUCAUAAACAAUUUGACUCAGAGUGACUGGGCGCCUAAUGAGGAAUCCUUUUAUGUUAACACAAUUAAUAUCAAAGAAUUACAAGAAGGCCCCUUUCUUAUGGAGGACUUUACUCUCGAGAAAGAUGGUUCCCUUAGAGCGACGAUGAGUGCUCCUCCCCGCCGAUUCUGCAUAGACUACAUUAGCACGAGUGGGAGGGUGAAAGAAGUAGCUCUCGUGUAUGCUGAAGAGUUUGAUAUACCAGACUGCCGGUGGAAAACUGAAGUGCUAGACAUCGUUCUGUUGAGUGUUUCGAGCAUAUUUUUGGCGAUGACUCUUUCAGUAUACUUGUGCGUGCCUUAUCUCCGAAGCAAAGACCACCACUGGCCUUUCAUAUGCAUGCUGAUGUCUCUCCUUGUGACCUUCAUCUUGCACAUAUGUCUUAGGGAAGUGAGACAUCAUCUGGACGACAUGUGCAAACAUCUAGGUAUGCUGGUUCUCAUGUUCACUCUUGCAACAUUCUUUUGGCUGAACGUGAUGUCUUUCAGUGUCUUGUACAAGUUACAGUCACCCUGUAUAUCUACCUUGAACAGAAAAACCUUUGCUUUGUAUAAUGUGUACGCUUGGGGUGUACCGCUGAUAGUGUAUGUCGUCGGCUACGCGAUGGAUUCCCUGUAUCCUGGCGACUACAGUCCGAACUUCAAAAGGGAUCAUUGUUGGUUUCAAGGUAACAAUGCAGCAAAAUGGAUAUAUUAUUACGGGUUCAUAGCAGUCAUCCAGGCAGUCAACAUUGUCAUCUUCCUUUACAUUGCGUGCCAAAUGGCACUCCGGCAGAGGAGGAACCUCUCAUCCCACACGAUUCACCGAGGAGCAUGUUUCUUGCCACCACUCUACGUUAAUCUCUCCAUCCUAUUGGGCAUAACCUGGACCCUGGAAUUGUUUACUGAUAGCAACGAAUGUGGACCUGUCCAGGUACUGUUUGACGUCAUCAACGGACUUCAGGGGCCUUUGAUAUUCCUUGUGACGGUUUGCAAUCGGAACAAGUUGAGAAAGGUGCGAAGCAGCGUAAAGAUGUCUUUAAGAAGACUCACCACUGAGACGAAACUGUAGUUUCAAUAGUUUAUCUGAUAGAAUUUAUAUUUUAUCAAUAAUCAUUCCAUAUCAAUAAUCAUUACACACACACACACACACACACACACACACACACACACACACACACACACACACACACACACA